UUGUUGGCUCAAGUAUAAGAAAUACAAGUGUAAAACACAAAACACAUGGCAAUAUAAGCACACCUGCUAACAUACCUUCCACUAAUAUAAGUGAAACUGGCAAUAAUAAUCUAAACAAUAAUAGAGCACCUGAAACCG